UGGAAAGUGUGGAAAACGCUAUAAUAUAACCCCUCCCCCAUAAAUUUCAUUGCUGACAGUUCUUUCAAAUCUGUCACUUGUUGACAACACUUGCAGCGCCUCCGCCAUCCUGCGUUUCUUUUCGGAAUCUUCCAUGGUGGAAUAAAAUUUCACCAAUCAAUAUGCAGAUUUUUGUGAAAACUCUGACUGGUAAGACCAUCACUCUUGAGGUCGAGCCAUCAGACACUAUUGAAAAUGUCAAGGCCAAAAUCCAAGACAAAGAAGGAAUCCCUCCAGACCAGCAACGUUUGAUCUUUGCCGGCAAACAAUUGGAGGACGGACGCACUUUGUCCGACUACAACAUCCAAAAAGAGUCGACUUUGCACUUGGUCCUCAGACUUAGAGGUGGAGCCAAGAAACGUAAGAAGAAGAAUUACUCUACCCCAAAGAAGAUCAAGCACAAGAAGAAGAAGGUCAAGUUAGCUGUAUUGAAAUUCUAUAAAGUUGAUGAAAAUGGUAAAAUCCAUAGAUUGAGGAGGGAAUGUCCCGCUGAACAAUGUGGUGCUGGUGUUUUCAUGGCUGCAAUGGAAGACCGUCAUUACUGCGGAAAAUGCGGAUACACACUGGUCUUCUCCAAACCUGAGGACAAGUGAAAUUAAAAUAUGUAUCUUUUAAAUGUUAUAAAUUUUACUAAAUAAACGUAUUUAGGACAUUUUUGUUUA